GAAGUGAGAGGGACGGAGGAAGGAUAUGCCAUAUAUGAUGCAAUGACCUUUCAUCGGCCAUUUUGGAAGGAUGCUCCAACUCAUAUGCACAUGGACAAGUCCAUGGACAUUGAGCGGAUAGCAUCGUUCUACUUGUCCAAUCCAGCAUUUAGGAGAACAGAGUAUAAUAAGGAAAGGUGCGAGAAUGAGGAUUACCAAGAUUUUAGAGGCACAAGAAUCAUUCAAAUCUAUGUUGAGCGAGGAUUUCCCCUUGAGAUUCCCUGUUAUUCUUGUCUAAAAAACCAAACGGGGCUUACUACGGUGUUUUAUAUGCUACCCUCUAGAAAUUUCUUAGCUGACAUCGAUUUGCACGAGAGAAGAGAAAGAAUGUCAUCUGGGAAAACACUCAAUGUUGCUACUCCGGUGAAUACAUGGCUUCUUCAUCAGAUCAAGAAUCAUCAGAAAUCGAAGGCAAACAUAUAUGAUGCCCAAUUUGUAUUUGGCGCUAGUCGAGCGGCUGGAGGACAUGCCUGGGGAGAUGCUCAGCGAAUUCUCGCCGAUGACUCUGGACACUUGCAGAUUGAUAUUUCGUGGGAAGAUUGGUCCUGUUGCUCGGCAUGUUGCUGUUCAGUAGCACUAUGCGGUUUAUAUGCAAAUGAAAAGAAAUGUAACGAAAUCGAUUCUUAUAGGACUAGAAAAGGUCUACUCUCAGUAUUUAUCUUGGACCCUAAUAAAAAGGUUGAACCUAACGACAAGCUUCCUUUCGAACUCAACAGAAUGCUACGCCUUACACCUUAUCGUGAAAGGGGCAUUGCCGUCUUCUCAUCGUUACUAUUGCGCCAUCCUCGCUUAAGAGAAGAUUUCUAUGAUGCAUUUUUAAAGGGCGCAAUGGAGUAUAUUUUUGAAAUGAGCGGCCAAACAUUUGCUGACUACAACGGCGUAGGUUUAUACCUUGAAAAACAAGAUUGUAGCGGAAUGGAGCAGAAAAAGAAUUGUUCGGCAUUGGCUGCUUGCAGAGGUGAAAUCGUGAGAGAGCCUCCUCGACCCGCUGAAGAGGAAAUCCCUGUGGAUCCUUGUGCGGAUCUACCUAUGAUUAGCCUUUCAAUAAGUGAGAGUAGUUCUUCGUUUAGAUUUGAGCAGAAUACUAGCUACAGACUACGUCUUGAUGGACUUGAUAUGGAGACAAUGAAAUCGGUAGCUUAUUUCAUGUGUUCCAUUUGA